AUGUCGAGCAUACACGCGAACGACAAGUCGCAGGACGGUCUGCUUCCAUCAACCAGCCAGACGGCUGCGCCUGCGCCACGCUCGACGCUCAAGGCCAAACUCAAGCUGGCGCUGUGCACGCUCGCUAUUGCCCUCGUUCUCUUUGCUCGGCCCAGCAUCGAGUCUUCAGUGUCAAAGCUAUUGCAGCCAGGCACGGAAUCUCGCUGUGAUGUGUCGGGCGCAUCAUCAAACUGGCGCUGCAGGAACGCCCGCAAGCACGCACUCCGUCUCCUCUCCAAGCACCCUCUCAUCGACGGCCACGUCGACGUCCCCGUGGUCGCCCGCUAUAAGUACGGCAACAAGAUCGACUCCAUCCCCUUCGACGCACCCGCUUUUCCCAAUGGCAGCUAUCCCAUGUACUCGCACGUCGACAUCCCACGCUUACGCGAGGGCAAGAGCGGAGGCUUCUUCUGGUCCUCCUACGUCGUUUGUCCCAACAGUACCACUGUCGGUGACACCUUCGAGCGCGCUGCCACCGACAUUGCGGUACGGGACACGCUCGAGCAGCUCGAUGUGAUUCGACAGAUGACCGACAAGUACGCUGACGACUUUGCCCUGGUUGGCAGCGUCAAGGAGGCUCGACAGGCGUUCAAGCAGGGCAAGAUGAUCAGCUUCAUCGGCAUCGAAGGCGCACAUUCGCUCGGCAACUCGCUCUACGCUCUCCGUGCCUAUGCCGCACUGUUUUCAAAUCAGAUUCCGGGACCGGUACGAUACUUGACGUUGACACAUACGUGCCACAACGUCUUUGCGGACAGCGCAGGGGAGGAGCCCAAGAAGUGGAACGGCCUGAGCCCCUUUGGCAAGCAUCUGGUGACGGAACUCAACAGGCUGGCGAUCGUACCCGACCUAUCGCACGUCUCGGACGACACAGCGUUGCAGACGAUCGAGGUGAGCAGAGGGCCCGUGAUGCUUUCACAUUCCGCAGCGAGACACUUCAAGGAGAUCCAGCGGAACGUGCCAGAUGCCGUGCUUGAGAAGCUGGCGAGUGCGGGCAAGGAUAUUGUGGUCAUGAUCAACGCCUAUCCGGGCUUCAUUGGCGGCAGCGAGGACCUGGACCAGUAUGUGAGGCAUAUCGAGUAUGUCAGCGACAAGGUCGGAAGGAGACAUGUUGGUGUAGGGACCGAUUUUGAUGGGAUCAUGUCCGUGCCAAAGGGGCUCGAGGACGUGAGGCGGUAUCCCGACCUGGUUGCGAGGUUGGUGGAGCGCGGAUGGUCGGAUAGGGAGAUUAUCGGCUUCGUCGGCGAGAACGUCUUGCGAGUGUUGGAAGAUGCGGAGCGCGUGGCCAAGGAAAUGCGCAAGGAAGGGGUCAGGCCGGACAACACCAAUUGGCACGAUAUCUUCGGUUCACAGUUACACGCCGACCUCUGA